AGAUGGCGGCCGAGGCCGAGGCGCCGUCGGGCUAUUUCGUGCGGCCGCUGGAGCGGAGGGGCGGCCCCGAGCUCCGCAUCCACCAGCGGGUGGCGGGAGGGGUGGGCUCGGUGGUCUGGGACGCGGCGCUGGUGCUCGGCCGCUACCUGGAGAGCGGAGCCUUCCUCGGGGGAGGCCGGAGCCGCUUGGCCGGGAAACAGACUAACGCUGGUCUCUCCUCUCCAUUCGUGUGCUGUGACUGCAGAUGUGAGGAAAGCCAAUUGGUUGCACCUUUCUUGGAACAAGAUGAUGGCGUACAUCAUGGAAAAGCGCACGUUACAGUGACAGAUCUUGAAGAGUUGCAAGAUUUGCUCAAUAUGAACAUCAAUGAAAACCGACACUUGGUUUCUGGUUCUAUCCAAGCCAAGGUACUUAAAUGGGGUGAAAUUGUGCACGACAUCCUACCUGAUCCAGAUUAUAUACUUGUGGCUGACUGUAUCUACUAUGAGCAGUCUUUAGAGCCCCUACUGAAGACUAUGAAGGAGCUUUCAGGAGACAAAACUGUUAUCAUAUGUUGCUAUGAAAAGAGGACAAUGGGAAACAAUCCCAAAAUAGAGCAGUGCUUUUUUGAGCUUUUGCAGUGUGAUUUUAUGAUAGAAGAGAUUCCAUUGGACAUGCAUGAUGAGGAAUACAGAAGCGAAGACAUUCACAUUUUACACAUUCAGAGAAAAGGACAUCAUUAGGAAAUCUCUGCCUUGAUCUAACUGCUUUAUUUGUGAUAGCAAACAUUCGAGUAUAGCUGAACAAGAGAGAGAAAGGACAAUUAUUUGAUGCUUACGUUAAAUUUAUUUAAUAUAUAUACACACACACACAUUCACUAUAAAUAAAAGUCAAACAUGAAAGCAGCCUUAUAACUUGUCUUGAAAUGUGACAUAUUGAAUUUUAAAAUCAGCUAUUUGGUUCUUUGCAAUGUUUUUUCUGACUUAUUAAUGUCCUUGACCAGGAUUUGGGUGCAGCACUACUGCCGUUACACAGUGUGUUUUAAACAUUUUUUUAUUACAUGAAUUUUCAAGAUGUACUCUAUGUUAUAGAAAGGUAAUCAUUCAGCAUCUAUUAUUUUGCUGGUCAUUGGGUUAAUUUGAAGCGGGCAGUCAAUUACAGUCUUGGUGCAAGUUUCAAAAAUGUAUUAUUUUUGAACUCUGCCUUAUUCACCAUGGUUCCAUUAAAUAAAAAUGCAUAUUUAAAAAAAAA